AUGUCCUCACCCGAGUUCUCGGCUGUCACCGAGUCAAUUGCAAACCUCUCCCUCGUCACCACAGACGCGCCCCCACAAGACGAAGACGAGCGCUCAGAGGAGACGCUCACCCCACGCCAGGCCCAUUUCCCACCGGAAGAGCAGGCUCCCGAGACCUCGUCCAGGAGACGGCACGGCAGGAAAACGAGAAAGCAGUCACAAUCCGGCUCAGAAACAGAGACAGAGGAUCACAGCAACAUGCCGUCAGGGUCAUCGUCAAAACACCACCACCAUCACUCGUCCUCCAGCACAAAGAAGCACGGGUCUUCGUCCAAACACCAAUCUAAGGGCGACGACUGGUCGGAAGUGACUGAGCCCGAGGAGCGCAGGCGGAUCCAGAACCGGAUCGCGCAGAGGAAAUUCCGCGAAAAGGCGCGCGAGCAAAAAGAGCGCGAGGAGCGCGAGUCCCGCAAUGAGCAGCUCGCAGGCAGCUCGUACCAGGUGCCGGUGGCGUCGGACUUCGCGUCGGCGGGCGGCGAGUACGACGACUACCUGUCCGGGGUGCCGUGGGGCGGGGUCAGCAUCCAGCACAUGGUGGCCAUGGGCCACGAGAGCGAGAGCCGGCGGGGCAGCCGCAGGGGGGGCGGGCUGUCGGACCAGCAGCAGCAGUACGACUACGGCGCGUUCUACGACCCGCAGCUCUAUGACGCGCAGCUGGCGGGCGGGUACGGUGGGGCGGGUGGUGGUGGUGACAACAACAACAGGUAUUUCGACGCCCUGUCCGCCUCGGGCUCAUCGCCCUCGUAUCUGUCAUUCGAUUCGGGCUCGGGUUAUGACAACUUCUCAGGGGACAACAGCAGCAGCUCGGGGACGAGGUACUAG